AUGAAGGACAUCCACAUUGUUAAAGCUAAUCCACCAAGGGAUAAGUAUAACCUCGCUUAUGCUUUUUUGUUUUUUCAUGGGUUGGGUUUUCUUUUGCCUUGGAACGUUUUUAUUAACGCUCGCGAGUACUUUAUUGAUUAUAAGCUUAAUACUACACUCAGUGCAAAUGCUGAUUACCGGAUUAAUUUCGUGAAUUACGUUGGAAUUGCGGCUCAGUUCCCUGGCCUGUGCUUUGCUGCAUGGAAUACCUUUUACCAUGCUGGAUCAAGUUUAUUUUAUUCUUUUUAUCCGUUUCUUGGUUCUGAAAUAGCUGUUUUUUGGGGGGCUUUUGUUUCAAGUGCUUCUAAUCCAACAUUCCGCUUCGUCGUUGCUAUGGUGUUCGAGGUUCUUGUCCUUCUUUUCACAGUGGUUAUUGCAAUAAUUGACACUUCAGAAGUUGCUGAGAGUUUUAAUAUGAAUUGUUUGAGCUGGUUUUUCAUGUAUUUGGUCAAAUUAACUUGUCUUAUAAUUACUAUUGUGCGUGCACCUCUGGCUAUUCGCUAUAGUGGUCUGGAGCAGGCAAUUAAGUGA